AUUUGGCUUGGAGACUUUAUGAAAGAACUUGCUUUGGUAGGAAACACAGAUGCACAAACCACUUUAUCUUGGUAUUUUCUUAGAGUAUUUUAGACGCAAUCUUCAGGAUAAAUUGCCGAUUUUAUCGUGUCUCCAAUGGCGAGAUAAGACCAAAAACGUCCAUCUCUUAUUACACUUUUAGCGAUGUUCCUUGCUAUCGAGUUCAUCUUUGUUGAAACUAGCUUUAAAUAAAAACUUAGAAACCCGAAAGAAGUCGGUGUAUCCUAUCAAAAUAUGCAAGAUAUCAAGGCCAAUUCAGAGGAUCCGUUACAGUUACUGCAGUCACAAAAUCUGACCAAAUCUCAAAAACCUUUAAAAGAAGGUCUCGUAAACAUUGUAAUGCCUAUAGGAUGCACCUUAACUCUGCAGUGUAGGCAGUGCAGCUAUCCGAUUAGUUGCUGGUAAAAGAACCGGGCCUUGCGGCCUAGUGGUAAAGAGGUCACAUCUGUGACUUCCGCCACCAGGGUUACAUAGGAGAAUUGCCAGCUUCGUGGAAUUAGUCCAUACAAUGUGAUUCCAUACAAUCCAUGAUCACACAUACAUACAUGUGCCAUCAAUCCAAGAAGAAUUAACAUUGCAUUUAGGAAUACCUAUAGGGCUAUAGGUGAAGAAAGACUAUGCGGCUAUACGCAUUCUACAAUGAAGAAUCAUAAACAAAAUCAGGGUUUUGAGCCUAAACCCUAAAAAUCAUUUUUUUUUUUUGCCUCCUCCCAAAUCCGUAUUCUUGUUUAGUCAACCCACCCAUCGAUCUUUGGCGGCACUCGAUAUAUGGGUCAGUGUAAGUUUUGAAUUUUGAGAUUGAUCAUCGUAGCCUGGGCAAUCCAUUUUCACGAACUGAAUCAGAUAGAUCGCUUCUGAGCUUUGUCCCGUCAUGUAUACUCUGAUACUCCAUGGAAAAAGGUUGGUCCAGUUGCAGAAAUGGCGUCAUUUGAGAGUUUCAGUGAACCUUCUCGAAAAGCCAUCUCCUUUUCCCAAUUCCUUCUCCUAUGCUACUGCUACAGAUGCGAGCCUUAGAGCUGGUCGAAAAAGGUUGAAUUUUUCUGUCUCUUACCUCGUUGCUUCAUUGGGUUUAACUAAAGAAGUCGCAGAAUCGAUCUCAAGGAAAGUCUGUUUGGUUGACAAGGGCAAUCCUGAUUCUGUUCUGAGUCUUUUGAGAAGUUAUGCGUUCACUGAUUCUCAGAUCUCCACCAUCGUUACGGAUUAUCCACAAUUGCUAAUAGCUGAUGCUGAGAAAUCACUUGCUCCCAAGCUUCAGUUUCUGCUGUCCAGAGGAGCUUCAAGCUCUGAGCUCGCUGUGAUUGUAUCUACAGUUCCUAAAAUUUUGGGAAAGAAAGGGGACAAAACUAUCAGCAUAUACUAUGAUAUCGUCAAAGAGAUUAUAGAAGCGGAUAAGAGUUCCAAGUUCGAAAAAUUAUGUCAUUCUUUUCCACAGGGUAGUAAUCUGGAGAACAAGAUCAGAAAUGUUUCGGUUCUGAGAGAGUUAGGUGUGCCUCAGAGGGUUUUAUUCUCCUUGCUCAUAUCUGAUCACCAACCUGUCUGUGGAAAAGAAAAUUUUGAAGAAUCACUCAAGAAAGUUGUUGAGAUGGGUUUUGAUCCGACCACCUCAAAGUUUGUCGAAGCUCUAAACGUUGUUUAUAGACUGAGCGACGAAACAAUAGAAGAAAAAGUUAGUGUCUGUAAAGGGUUAGGUUUUUCUGUUGGAGAUGUAUGGGAAAUGUUCAAGAAGUGGCCUUGCUUUCUGAAUAACUCGGAGAAGAAGAUAAGUCAAACAUUUGAAACCCUGAAGAAGUGUGGACUACCCGAAGACGAGGUCCUCUCACUGUUGAAGAAGUUUCCACAAUGCAUUAACGCUUCAGAGCAGAAGAUUUUGAACACCAUUGAAACAUUUCAAGACCUAGGAUUUAGCAGAGAUGAGUUUGCAAUGAUAGCCAUGCGCUUUCCUCCAUGCCUUAUUUUAUCUGCAGCGACGGUGAAGAAGAAGACUGAGUUUGUGGUAAAGAAGAUGAAUUGGCCACUAAAGGCUGUGGUUUCAACCCCUGCGGUACUUGGAUACAGCCUCGAGAAGAGGACUGUACCCAGGUGUAAUGUAAUUAAAGCUCUCAUGUCAAAACGAUUGCCCGGAAGUGAACUGCCUCCAAUGUCGUCUGUUUUGGUAUGUACCAAUGAAGAAUUCUUAAACAGGUAUGUGAGGAACCAUGAAGACAAGGAGCUGGUGCCUGAGUUGAUGGCUAUUUUCACCAGAGGUCAUGUAUCAUCAUAGAUCUCAGAAGGCUUGUCAAGGAUUUGCUUUUAUUUUUGAAUAUCUGACACCUUUAAUUAAGACUUCAAAAGCCAUCCGACUUGGAACAGUAACUUUAGAUGUAAUUUUGAAUCUAUUUCCUGACAUAUUACUAAGUUUUGCAUCCUAGAAACAGCAAUGCAGCGAAAUCACAGACUUGUGAAUCCAAACUAUGUAUUUGCUAAUUUUAUUGUUUCAUUUAUCUUUGGAAUCUUUGGUGACCUUGUCCGUCUAAACUCUUGAAGUUUAAACUCAAGACGUAUAAGAGACAGUCAAGUAUCAUGUAUUGGAUCAUGGUUUUUGGAACUGCAGAUAUGGAUUGGAAUGAUGCAGUGCAGCUCCUUAGCUCUUGGAUUGGUCAUGUAAGCCUUUUUCGUUUCUUUAUUAGUGUUUGAUCUUUGGUCUUCCCUGAGAGUCUUUAAUUUCACUAAAUUCCUUAUCGUUUUUGGAUUCGAGCCAAAAUCCUUUUAGGAUACUUCAAAACCUUGCUAUGUAGAGAUUCUUUUCCAAGUGAUUUGCUUCGUCUAUGUCACAAGCAGGGGCGGAUCCACGUUGUAAUGAGGUAAGGCACGUGCCUUAUACUCAUUGUUAAAUAUGAUUUAAAUGAUUGCUUUUGUUAAGAUCUCUCAGCUCAUUUGGAUGGGAGUGCCCCAUAUAAUACCUUAGGAGAAUGGUUCGAUGCUCCUUUGCUACAAUUUUUUUCAGUUUUGUUUUUUUUUUUUCUAAACAUUUUGAUAUUUUCUUUCUUUGUGCUCCAUACAACUUUUUCCCCUGGAUCCGCCACUGGUCACAAGUUCUUGGAUCAUACGAUUCAUCUGAUUUGUGGAAUAUUCGUUUUUGUCAGAUUGGUAAUGUUGGUCUUACUUGAUUGGAUAUCACUUUGAAAGCUAUCUAUUGUCAUUAGCACUCAUAAAUCAUUGUCACGUAAAAUCCGGAAUCUAGCUAUAAUAGUGGAAACCGAAGAAGCCUGAGACCUUUAAAGGUUGUUGAGCUUCACUAAGUUUUUCUGCACACUGAAGUUUAUUUCCCUAGGAUUAUUGAAGAAACCCAAUGAUAUGAUCCUAGAAAUCGUGUAGGUGCAAUGUUAUUAGAGGUAUGAAGUUGUAGUAUCUUUCUUUUUUUCGCCUUUCAGUUUCUUUGUAUACUUAUUUGGCUUGGAAGACUUUUAUGUUGCUUUGGUAGGAAAGACAGAUGCACAAACCUCUCUUUCUUGGUAGUUUCUUGGGGUAUUUUAGAUGCAAUCUUCAGCAUGAACUGCUGAUUUUAUCAUGUUCCAAUUGCAUAGAAGUAUCUGCGUAGGAACGUCUCCCGAUAUGUCAUGAGCUUUAGAUUGUAACUUGCCUUAACGUGUGUGUUCCUCUCUCUCUCUUUUCGAUAGGAAGUUGGUGAAAAGGAUUCUUCAUUUCACCCAAAAGUGUAUUACUUUAGAGUUUCUUUCAUCUUCUGACAACGAGGAAACCGUUGGGAAAGCAGCAAAACAUAUUUCUUCAGAAAUACUUGAAAUCCAAAAAUCUCAGGACGAGAAGGGAGAAAUAACAUUUUUACAGAGGAUCACUUGACUGAAGCAUUAACAGCUGUUGGUUUGCAAUAAAUUCUCAGAUGGGAUUAUUCUAAUAGGAUUGAUUAUGAAUCUCUGAUAGGAACUCAGAGAGGAGGUGAAGGCAGACAUGAACUAUGGUAAGUUGAUAGGGUUCCCUUGUAAAAAAGGGCAAUCUACAUGUUUACAAUGGUACGCCAAAACUAUGGUAAGUUCUUUUCAUCUUUGAAGAAUUCAGAAUCUAAUCUCAUACAUUUUUCCACCUUUAACUUGGAUUUAUCUAACCCAUUUACCAAUUUAGUAUCUUUUCUAUUCAAGGAAGAUGCCAAAAUUCAACUGUUUGUGUGUUCUUGACCGGAACUUACUUACUCGAGGGCAAAUCACUUGGCUCAGAACAAAGGUUAUUUAUUUAUUUGUGAUUCCCAUAUCUUUUUCCAGUGACGAUAUGCAUUGGAGAGAGCUUAAUUUAAACAGAGCUAAACAUUAGCUUAUAAGUAGAAGGGAAGAGGAGAUGAUACAGUUAGUUACUGAAACUAACCACGACCACGCCCUCCAACAUUCGUCCACUGCAUCUCUUGGCAUUUUUGAGAUUUUUUUUACUAGUCUCUCCCUCAGAAUUCACUGAGCAGAUGCCUCCAUCUCUUGAGUGGUGAGUCCCUCAACCCUUGUAGUUGGUGAGACUUUUAACUCCAGUGGUGAAAAGCGGUAGGUGGCUUGAAUUGAUGUGUCCUCUAUAUUCGCAGCAAAACUUGUUUCCGGAGCAAAAGCAAAAUGAGAGGACCUUUCUAAAACAGAGGUUGUUACCUCAUUUGUGACCUCGACAGAGGUAGAUUCUGUUAUUGUGGCAAUGUGUGAAGCCUCACGUACGGCUACAAGUUCUAAGUCUUGAGACUGGCUAAAUUCAAUGGCUAGGCUGAAGCUUCUUCAGCUUCAGAGAGAAGGGUUUGGAUUCCUUCAUAAACUAUGGCAUCUGAAGCACUAGAGACGGAAACGUGAGACAUGAAUAUCAGCCUCUGUGAUUGAGGUAGUAACAGUGGUCUCUGAGUUAGUGUCAACAAUCAGAAAAAAGUUCAGUUGCAGCCUCUGCAUUUGGGACAGAUACAGAGUCUAAGACAGGACCAUCCUUUAAUACUGAGGCAGGCGUAGAGACAACAAACAUAUGAACUCCAGCUGGCAUGUUCCCAAGUACUGUUGCAGAAGCUUGAACAGGGGCUCUUGUUGCAAGCAACAAAAUUCUUUGUCCUAAUUGGCCACAUCUACUACAUUUGGUUGGAACCCAAGGAGUAUUCCACAUCAACCAUAGAGAUGUGCGUCUUUUUAUCAUAAGCUGCAAUCCUCUGAGGAAAGGACUUAUUGAGCUCCACUUCAACCAUUAUAUUAGCUUCACCCAUGAACAUAGGAUCAAGCCUCAGCUUAUUGGAGAGCAUUGGAGCACCUAAACCUGAGGCUAUGUGACUGAUUCCUGCAGUAGAAUAAAGGAUGUGGGGGAUAUUUUUUAGGGUAACCAAGGUUUAAAAACAUUGAAAUUGUAGUAACAGAAUCUGUAUUCAUUUUUAUUUAUUGAUAUCGAUUUUUAUUUCUGUA